AUAGCGCCACCAGCUGUUAGGUAUAGAGAAUCUGAAGUUGUUUGAUUGACAUGUGUGUGCAGUACAUUAUGACUGUAAAGCUUCGUUAUGAAGGUACAAAUCUUUCUGUAACAGUCUCUUAAAAUAAUUUAAAUUUCUUUGAUGAAAUGAUAAAAAUCAAUGAUGAAAAAAUCCACAACCUUUUUUCAUGAUUAAGACAAGACUAAACUGACUUUAUCAACAUGCAAUGCAAUCUUGUUAACGGAAAAAGAAAACAGGUUGAACAUCUAAAACCACAAAAUUAGUCUUUUUCCGGAGGAGAUCUGUAGGUGUGAAAGUUUUUUGCAGAGAGUAAAUAUAGCCUCUAUAUUUCCUCUUUACUUAAAUAAGCAGCUCUUUGUAACACUCUCACGGUCCUGUUUCCAGUUCUGUAACCACAAUGGUAUUAGGUGGAGGGAUAAUUUACAUCUCUCUUGAAGUGCUCAUCGCUGUGGGAUGCUGUCUGGGCAAUGUGCUGGUGAUCUGGGCCGUGUGGAGGAGCGGAGCCCUGAACCAAACCCCUUUCUGCUUGAUCGUGUCUCUGGCGAUGGCAGAUUUCCUGGUCGGGGCCAUGGCCAUUCCUCUGGCUGUGAUUGUGGACGUCCACGUGAAGAUCCCUUUCCAUGCCUGUCUGUUCUUCAGCUGUGUCCUGAUCGUCCCGCAACAGGCAUCAGUGCUCACCCUUCUGGCCAUUGCUGUGGAUCGUUGCCUGCGGGUUUGUAUCCCAUUCGGGUACAAUUCUACAGUCACUAAAAAGCGCACCUGGAUCCUCGCCGCUGUGUGCUGGAUACUGGCGUCCGUACAGGGCUUCUUACCGAUGUUGGGAUGGUACAACCAUGACACACUGGCACAUUACAAUUCCACCUCCAUAGACUGUCAAUUCACUGCUGUCAUUCCUGAUUCAUACCUGGUCCACUUCAUCUAUGAGUGUUGUUUUCUUCCUCUGCUGGCAAUCAUGAUUACUUUGUAUGGCUAUAUCUUUCUUAAAAUGAAACAGUCGAGGGGGAGAGCAGGUGUGGCGGCUGAAACUGGUGAAUAUAACCAAAAGGAACACAAACUGGCCAGAUCUCUGGUUUUGGUUUUGGCUCUUUUUGUUGUUUGCUGGCUGCCGUUACACGUGAUACAAGCCAUCAGAUACUAUAACCAGAAUAUACAUGUACCGUCCAUUGCUUUAUACUUUGGCAUUCUCCUUUCUCAUGGCAACUCGAUGGUUAACCCUGUAGUGUAUGCCUUCAAAAUCCCUAAGAUCAAGAAGGAGUACUGGAAGAUUUGGAGGAGGGUGAUUGGUCGAGAGCAGCAGGCAGAUAUAAACGCUCCUGCUAAUAAUACCUCAGACAGCCAUGAUGGACGAGUUCAUGGGAAAAUCAGUCCAGAGAUGGGAGUCAAUAGCAUUCAUUUAACUUUAUUCCAUGUACCAUGAAACGUACCAAAAGAAGGGGGGAUUUAUAUGAUU